CAGCUUCUGCCCAAGUGAAAAGAGAGAGAGAGGGAGAAGAAAUGGGGAUGGUUUCGACCGCCUCGAUGUCGUCGGCGUCGGCACACUACUACCACACCCACAAGGUGUUCCUCCUCUGCAACUACGUCCUCCUCGGCGCCGCCUCCAGCUGCAUCUUCCUCACCCUCUCCCUCCGCCUGAUCCCUUCCCUCUGCGGCUUCUUCCUCAUCCUCCUCCACGUCUUCACCAUCGCGGGCGCCGUCUCCGGCUGCACCGCCGCCGCCUCCUCGUCCGGGUCCGCCGGCGGCAGGUGGUACGCCGCCCACAUGGUGGCCACCGUCCUCACCGCCAUCUUCCAGGGAUCCGUGUCCGUGCUCAUCUUCACCCGGACCGGCGACUUCCUCGGCAACCUCAAGUCCUACGUGAGGGAGGAGGACGGCGCCAUCAUCCUGAAGCUGGCCGGCGGGCUGUGCGUCCUCAUGUUCUGCCUCGAGUGGGUGGUGCUCACGCUCGCCUUCUUCCUCAAGUACUACGCCUACGUCGAGGGCGACCACAGCAGCAGCAGCAACCCUCUCAGGAGGAGUGCCAAGGUGCAGGAGGAGAGCAUGAGUGACUGGCCCUGGCCCUUCCAGGUCUAAAAAGCAUCUGGGGAUCCGAUCUGUUCCCCGCACCCUUUCAUUCAUUCAUUUGUUUUCGCAUAUAUGAUCCAUAUAUCUGCUUUCUAUUCGUUCCCUUUAUCAGUAAUAUCGUGAUUGUAACCGGGAAUACCGUAUUGAGUUUUGCAAUUCGAUCUUGUUCAUAA